GAGCAGAGGUGCGGAGUUUCUCUGCAAACUCCAUUGCGCUCUCACCUUUUGAUCUCCGCGUUUAUUUGUUUGUGUUUUGUUAUAUAUUAUUUAUAAUAUUCACUAUGGCUGAAAAGGCAGAAAUGCCAGCAGACACUGUGUCGCUCCCCCCUACAUACGCUCCGUCCGAGGCUUACACCGAAUCACCUCCUCCGGCGUACCGGAAGGACAAGAGCAAGAUGGUGCAAGUGGCGCGUAUGGUGUGCAUCACCAUCCUCGCAGCCGCCUUCCUGAUUGGUUUCUUCACCGUCACUUCACAGUGGAUCAACAACAGGACGUGCGACUGUGAAAAGGCCGCCCACCACCAUCUGCCGGAGCACCUGAGCGCCGCAAGCUUCGCCGGGAUCCCUCGCGUGGAGCCCCUGGUCGGCCUCGACAACGACAAGAUCGACCAGAGAGUCAGCAACAGCCUCGACGCCGGAGACGACACAAGCCUCUCCAAGGUCGACCUCGAGGCUGAGGCCAAGCCGGAGAUCAACAAGGUAGAGCAGAAGGUCGUCGAAGAGAUUAUUCCUCAAGAGAUUGAGGAAGUCGAGGCCGUGGUGGACGAAGUGGUACACGAGCUCGAGGAGGAAGAGGAAGCCAUGGAGGAGGAGCGCCUCGGCCUCCAGGACAUCAUGCGCGCGCAGAUGGAGGAGAUGAAGAAGAAGAUCAAGUUGCCCGUCGACCUCAUCCUCGGCAACCCGGCUCUGGCCGGGCGCGACGUGAACUGCGAGGUGGAGCGGCGGCAGCAGCCCCUCGGCCCCGGCCUCGUCACGCAGGCCAUCAUCGUCACCUGCCACGACGACGCCGAGGAGGAGUCGCAGGAGGUCGUUCCCCUCCUGCCGCUCGUCCCCCCGCAGGGCGCCCGCCGCAUCGCCCCUCCGCUCUCCCUCAUCGCGCCCAUCAUGAAGAUGCUGGCCGCCCGCGCCCGCGCCCGCUCCGACCGCCCGCAGCCCCAGAUCAUCCAGGCGUCUAACAGCAGUCCCUUCCCCUUCCCCUGCUCCCCCAGCGGACCCUUCCCCUGCCCCUCCGGCCAGCCCAAGCCCAUCAUCACCAUGAGCGGCCCCAUCAUUCGCAAGGAGAUCGUCAUGAAAGCCCCUCCGCCAGUCAUGAAGUCCCCCGGCCCCAUCAGCGGCCCCAUUAGCGGUCCCCUCAGCGGUCCCUUCAGCGGCCCCAUCGGCGGUCCCCUCAGCGGCCCCUUCCCCGGCCCUCGCCCCAGCCCCUUCAGCGGCCCCAUCCCCGGCCCCAUGUCCGGUCCCUUCCAUGGCCCCAUCCGUGGCCCCAUCCGAAUCCCCUUCGGCGGCCCCCUGUCCAGCCGCAUUAGCAGUGGCCCCCUGCCCCUCCAGAGCCGCCGAGACGGCCCCUUCCCCUUCGGCGUGCCCCGCCCCAUCCCCCUGCCCGCCUCCCAGCUCCUCUCCAAGCCCCAGGACGAGGAGGACGAGGAGGAGGAGCCGCGCCACCGCAUGCUCCCCUUCCCCUUCCGCCCCGCCGUGCGCAUGAGCCCCCGCUUCCUCCCCAUCGUCAACCUCUCCCCCCCCGCCCCCGAGCGCAGGCAGCCUCCCGUCCCCAUCUCGUCCCUGCGUCGAGGAGCCGUCAAGAUCGAGGAGCUCCCCAGGCCGCUCCCGGAGGCCAAGGGGCGCGCCCUCUCCUCGCCCGUGCCCCUCAAGUUCCUGCCCGGACGCCUCCUCAACAGCACCCCCUUCCUGAUGACGUCCAAGCGCACGCUGCCCCCCCGCCCCGUCACCCACAUGGAGAUGCAGGCCGAGCCCAAGAAGGACGACCCGAUGCUCCACAUCAAGGACUUCGGGCCCCCCGGACCCACCGUCAUCGGCCCUGCCCCCCCCGCCCCCCGCCCCCCCAGGUCCAGCCCCCCCAAUCUCAGCCCCCUCAGUUCCAGGUCCCGCCCCCGCAGCCCGAGGUGCACCCCCACCCCAGGGUCCUCCCUGAGCCACGCCAGCAACAUCCCCAAGGAGAUCAUGUCCCCGCCCGAGCCCAUCGCCCACAUCACGAGGAUGCCGCCCAUCGCCGGGACUCAGAUCCCCAGCUUCCCGCCCCCGCCCCCGCCCCGAUUCCACCCCGAGGGGCGCUCCUCCAGCGUCAGCGAGAUCAACCCCGACGCGGAGAUGGUCGUUGAGGGCCCCGCCUCCCAGGGCCCCCCCUCCUCCUCCAAGGGCCCCGGCGAGCCACGCAAACAUCACCUCCUUAUCCUUAACUAAAUCAGCGUCCUAGAGUGUGUGCGUGUGCGUGUGUGUUUGCCUCUGUGUAGUAAUAAAAAGGUCAGGCUAAUUCGCACAAAAGUGAACUAAUUACAAGACUCGAGUGAGUCUCUAAUCUCCACAAAACUUCAUGAUUAAUCAGCUGGUUUGACCAAAAUGAACGUUGGUUACGAUACGCCGAGGGACUCAGAUAACGGCGGACGCGCUCGGGUUUUCCUCCGCCGUCUCUGGCUAAACACAGGCACACACACACACACACACACGCACACAUACACGCACACAUGCAUACGGUACACAAGCAGACACGUACACAUGUACACUCAAAACACAUACGCACAUAUAUACACAUAACCCCUCCCUUUCUCUCCUCUUAUCAAUACUACUUUUAAGUGUAUCGACUGUAUUACGUUGUAUAAAAUUUCCUGAAGAGAGAAAAUGAGUAAAUUACCAUUUCCUUCCAAGUAGUUAACAAACAAUCUAAGUCAUCUAGUAUUACCUGGCGGCGUCUGAGGCGAGAACGGCAGUCCAGACCACGCCCCUCGGCCCCGCCCUUCGCAAAUACCCCGCCCACUGCUCUUACAAACCCCUUUCUCCUUUUCUCUCUUUUUUUAUCACACCUAAAGCAAAGAUCUCGAUUAGAACUGCUACCUGAAAAAAAAGAAACUGUCAACCAAAGAUAGUAUAAACAAAAACGACAAAGAGAGAAAAGGAGAGAGGGGAAAGGGAGAGAGAGAAAGAGGGGAGACAGAAGAGAAGAAGAGGAGAGAGGGGAGGUGUGUGGCUGCCGUUCUCAUGUUGUUAGUCUGACCCCUAACUCUCUCUUGUUAGGCAUUGUUAUCAAAAUUAUCUACUAAAGGUUUUGUAAUACAAUCAUAAUGUGAUCAUUCCUAUGUGACCUUUUUACUGUACAAUAAAAGUGGAAAAAUAC